AUGGAACUUCGUAUUGGUAACAAGUUCCGGCUUGGUCGAAAAAUUGGUAGUGGCUCGUUCGGAGAGAUUUACCUAGGAACUGAUGUUCAGACUAAUGAAGAUGUUGCUAUCAAGUUUGAAAGUGUGAAGACUGACCAUCCACAAUUGAAUUAUGAGUCAAGGGUAUAUAGAGUUCUUCAGGGUGGAAAUGGGAUUGCAAACAUGAAAUGGUAUGGUGUUGAGGGUGAUUACAAUGUGUUAGUGAUGGAUUUGCUUGGUGGUAGCCUUGAGGAUUUGUUUAGUUAUUGUAAGAGGAAGUUUAGUUUGAAGACAGUUCUUAUGUUAGCUGAUCAAAUGAUUCAUCGUCUCGAGUUCAUCCAUUCUAAGUCGUUUAUUCAUCGCGAUUUGAAACCGGGUAAUUUUCUUAUCGGUUUGGGAAUGCUGGCUACUCAGGUUUAUAUCAUAGACUUUGGUUUGGCUAAGAAAUAUAGAGAUAGCUCAAGCUACAGACAUGUCCCAUACAGGGAGAAUAAAAGUCUAGUUGGGACUCCAUCUUUUGCCAGCUUGAACACUCACCGAGGGAUCGAGCAAAGCCGGAGGGAUGAUUUAGAAUCACUUGGUUAUAUCCUCAUGUACUUCCUCAAAGGAAGUCUACCAUGGCAGGGACUGAAAGCUGCAAACAAGAAACAGAAAUCUGACAUGAUUACCGAAAAGAAGGCUUUAACUUCGAUCGAAACCUUAUGCAAUGGUCAUCCAACGGAGUUUGCAUCCUACCUCCAUUACUGUCGCGCACUAAGGUUCGAUGAUAAGCCAGACUAUGCAUAUUUGAAGAGACUAUUCGGCAACCUGUUUACUCGUGAAGGUUUUCAAUUUGAUUAUGUGUUCGACUGGACGAUAUUAAAGUAUCGGCAGUCGCACGCCUCUACCUCCUCCUCUACCCGAACUCGGUCUAAUCUUCGGCCUACGAGCAUUAACACCAGAAUGCCAACCACUAGUAUGAAACACUUUAUAAGUACAAUUCUCACCAAAUCCAAACUUAAACCUCCUGAAAUCUCUAUAUCUCCUCCAAGACUUCUCUUUCUUAUUCCUAAACCUCCAAGAAACAUCGCAUUCGUCCGGACUCGAUCCGUUCACCGGAGUUUCAUACUCUAAAAACACAAUAGAUUUAAAAACCUUCAAAUUAAACCUCUCAACAGCAACCAAAACCCUAGGAUCAGAACAAUUCACAAUCUUCAAUUCAUCACAAUCAGAGU